CUUCACUGUGUAAACAGCUGUUUGGCGUCGGCAUCUUGCAAAUUAUUUUCGCAACAUUAUUUAUAUUGUUGAAAAUACCUAUUAACUACAAAUUUAUAUUCAAAUCUUUAAAUGGCUGAGGGUAAUACCGCUGGCGGAGAGGACCAAAAGCUGACGGACAUCUUUUUAAAGGGCUGGAACAUAUUCGACGAGCUAGAAGUCACCGAACUGCCCUUCAAUGGCAGCGAAUUUCAGAACAAAGUUAAGACUGCAAUGGGCCUUUUUGAGCAGGCCACCGUCAUUGUGAACCAGGUUAGCAUGUUCAGUGCCAACGAGUUGAUCGACGAGGUGUCCACGGAAUCGCUUCCCUUCAUGCUGCUCCCCUACUUUCUGGGCAAGCUUACCACCAAGAUCAACAACCCCAAUAGCACACACUCCAUAGAGCUGGGCGAGAUUUACUUCAAGGACCACCUGCAGCGCUGCCAGGAGUAUGAUCUCUGUGCAGCGCCCAAGUCUCAGGUGGAUAAGGCGGAUAGCCAGGCGGAAAAAAGCGAGCAGCGCGAGCUGGUAGAGGCAGCCUUUAAUAGAAACGACAAAAUAGCCCAGUAUCGCCGGAUGAAGGAGAUUGACGAGUAUAUGGCCAAGAUGAGAGAUGCAGUCAAGAACAAAACGGUCGACGAUGAGGAUAAACGCGUCUUUUUCCUCAAGUAUUUGGACAAGAGCAUAAUAGACUCCAAGCAAGAAUUGGAAUCGUUGGGCGUAAUGAAGCAGAUGGCCCAAAUACGCCUUGCCCGAUUGGCUGGUGGCGAAUCCGACAACGAAGUGGAUUCGUUCCGUCCACCGAAUCAAAAUCAAUCUUCCGCAUCGUCCAACUCCCGCGGUCAUGGUCACAGCCACGGACCAGGACACCACCACCAUCAUCAACAGGCCGCUAAGCCAAAGCCCUUGCAGCCCUUCAUCAUAACACGUAAUGCCACCCAGAAGGCGGUUUUCGGCUUGGGAUACCCCAGUCUGCCCAUUAUGACUGUUGAUGAAUUCUACCAGCAGCGCGUCGACGAGGGCAUCUUUCCCGAUGAGGAGAAGGUUGCCAAGAUGAAUCAGGCACAGGCCAUCGCGGCCGCCCGCGAUCCCAACGAAAAGGAGGACGAGGAGAAGGCCGUUGAGGAGCUGCAGGCGGAGCAGGAUGAUCCCGAGUAUAUAGACCGCAUGAGACGCAUGGAUGAGUACAAGGAUGUGGUGCGUCGCGGGGACGGCAACCGUCAUAACCGUAGUUAAGAAACUCAAAAUUUAUGUAUUUUUAUAAAACCCAAUAAAAUGGUUUAACCGCAA